GGUUUUGGGUAUCUCUCCUCCUUCUUCAACCUUAGCCAUGGAGUCUCUCCCUAAAUUCCGUCACUCUCACCUUUCACUCAUUCACCGCCAUUCUUCAUUGCCAACACCAACACCUUUCUCUUCCCUCUCCUUCCGCUCUCUACAACCACCACAUCCAUUCUCUUCUUCACCCUUCCAAUUAUCAUCCAUCAGAGCCUCAUCGUCGCCGUUACCGUCACCGUUACCCAGACACCAUGCUUUUCACAAACCCCAAAACCCUUUAACCAACUUUCUCCAAACCCUAAGCCCCUUUUUCUCACCUCUCGCCGAACCAACCUGCAUCGCCAUAGCCGCAGCCGCAUUCUUUUUCAUGCGCCUUCAGCUCAAACCCGCCGCCGCCGCCCUCAUGCCUCCCGCGGCGGAGUCCGUCGCGACCGAAAAUCUUUCGAUCGAAGAAAACGAGAGGGCAAUAGAAGAGCAACUGAGAAACAAUCCCGAUGACGCCGAAGCUCUUAGGUCACUCGUGGAGGUUAAGGUCAGAGCUCGGAAAAUCGAAGAAGCGAUUCAGGUUAUGGACCGUUUGAUUGAGCUCGAACCGGAGGAGUUAGAGUGGCCACUGUUGAAGGCUCACUUGUAUAGUCACAACGGUGAAUAUGAAUUGGCUAGAAAGGGUUUCGAAGAUUUGCUUAAGGAAGACUCGUUUCGCGUUGAAGCUUUUCACGGCCUUCUAUUGGUAACUUCAGAAUUGAACGAGUCAACUAAGGAUUUGUCGAAGAGGGUGGAAGAAGCUGUGAAGCAUUGCCAAGAGAAAAAUAUGGAUUCAGAAGUGAGGGACUUGAAGCUGUUGAUUGCGCAGAUUAAAGUGAUAGAAGGGGAUUAUUCUGAUGCAAUGAAGAUGUAUCAGGAGCUUGUGAAGGAAGAACCAAGUGAUUUUAGACCUUACUUGUGUCAGGGUGUUGUGUAUACUAUGAUGAGAAAGAAAGAUGAAGCCGAGAAACAAUUUGAGAAGUAUCGGAGUCUUCUCCCAGAGGAUCAUCCUUAUAAAGAGUAUUUCGAGAACAACUCUAAAACUUUCUCACAGAAUAUAAGGAAGUAGCAAAGAGCUGAGAAUGUUGACUUGCUGAAUUUCUUAACCAGAUGGCAUUUGUGUACGGUUUCUAUCGAGAGGGUAUAGUCUUUAGUUCAGAUCAAUUAAAGUACGGACUAAGGAGGCAACCAGGCAGGUAAAAUAUGAGAACAUCACUGAUGAUGCCAUGUCCCGUGCUAUUAGUUUUGACAAAGUGUUGAACUAUGCUAUGAUUUUCAUAUGAUUCAUUAGAGGCUGCCACCCCUUCUCCAAGUUAAUGAGCAAUUUUGGAAGAUCAUGAACUGCUGCUAUGGUUGUGUUUUCAAGCAUUUACUCUUUUUUAAUUAUUCGGCUUUGUUGCUUAUGUAGUAUAGUGUUGUCUUCAUGCUGCUACUUGGAGUAUUGUCAUUUUCCAUUUUCUUCAGAAUCUAUUCAGAUUUUAGUAUUUUACUUUGAAAUGUGGCUGGUUAUAUUUACAAAGCAACU